CAAAGAUUGCUCGAGAUUAUUAUACUUAAGCAGAAUAUUUUUCUUGUACUUGUAAUAAUCAAUUCAUAUAAUCUAUUUUGUUUCUUGCUCCAAAAUUCUUUAUAAAUCAUCACAGGAUAUGCUCUGUUCUCUGGUUCAAAAUUAUUACUCUCUGUGUGGAUUGUGCGAGUGAGACUUUUUUUAGAAAGUGCUAAUACCGUGUAGAUACUUUACUUAACGAUUCAGAAUUUCCAACUAAAUUUAUUUUAAACACUUUACGAACUGGUGUGACAAGAGAACUCUCAAUGCACUCUAUGGAAGAAGUUUAAUGCUAAUGCUCAAAUAAUAAAUGUAUAAUUGUUUUAUUAACAAACAAGAGGAAAAUGAGCAUUGAAACACCAAACAGUUUGGAUUACUUUUAUUACCCAAUAACUAAAUCAAAAAUUAAUGUAAGCGUGAGAGCAGCUCACGAUGCAAGAAUUUGUUUGAGGACGAAUUUGACUGACGAUACAUUAGACGCGUAUGAGAUUAUUAUCGGCGGAUGCGGUAACAAAAAGUCAUUCUUAAAGAAUACCAACACAGGACAAAUUCUUAAGGAGGUGGAAACUGAUUCAAUUGUAAGUGAAGAAGAAUACAGUUAUUUUCAAAUCCAAUGGUUUUGUGACGGUUAUUUAUCAGUAAAAUUCGAAAAUGAACAUUCGCACAUUUUUAGUUACCAUAACAAAGAACCUUUUCCAAUAAAUUACAUCGGGUUUAGUACAGCUUAUGGUGCAACAGGCGAAUGGACAUUCGACGAAGGCGAAAUGACAGCGGCAGCAGUAAGGCCACAACUAUUUGAAAUGUACAAAAAUUGGAUAGACUACGAACCAACGCGAGGACUUCCUUUCGAUGCAGUUUCAGGCGAUCGUGAAGACGAUAGUCUAUUUAUCGGCCGUAGUCGACAUAAAAACUCGCUGACACCAGGCAUCAUAACAAAUUUUAUUUGUCGCAUCUGUUGGGGUGGACAUACCCACGACAAGCGUCAAUUUCAGGUGUUGUGCGGUGUCGGUGUUGGUUGGGCAAAAUGUUGUAACGGAGCAGUGCCAAUGGGUGCUUUGCCUGCUGGUGAAACUGAAAAUGGCCUAGCCCUCUUUGUAGGCCGCGUUAUUCAAGACGGCCAAGUACUUAUUGGUAAAGUUCAACCUAAUCAUCAAGUUUGUUAUGUGCCUGUUAAUGGACGGGAAGUAAGCUUUUCUGAGUACUAUGUACUCGUCGUUGAUGAAUUCGCUGCAAUCGAAUGGGUUGGUAGAUGAAAGUAUUUUGCGUAUUUUGAUUAUUGAAAGACUCUUGUGAAUUUUUGACGCGGCAAAAUUAUUUUAAAGAUGCAUCUAUUUUUGACAAGUAUUUUCGUGUUUCAACAUUAGUAAAUUGUUUCAGAAGUUACAGAUAAUUUUAUGUAUUAUAGAUAAUGUAUUUUUUACGACGAUUGUGUAAACAAUGGAUUUUCACAUCGACGAAAAGGCAUGGAUGAUAUCAAAUAAGCACUACCAAAACGUAUUAUAAUCGCUUACCGCCAUUAUUUCAAGAAAUUGAGACUAAUUUUAUUUAUCGUUUGUUCGCGCUGUCUUCAUUACAAGCAUGAAAUUUUACUACGCAAUGGUCCUGUCGCUAUUGUAAUUUCUUUUAAUUUAUCUUUAUAACAAAUGCAUUUAAAAACUAAAAGAUCACUUUGUAAUCGAGUGUAUGGUAUGAUUAGAAGGACUUAAAACUUGAAUAAUUUAUUAUACACGUAACGAACGUUCUGCUAUAUAAAAGUAAAUUAAUUAUUCUUAAUGUUUUCGUACUUAUCGUGCAUACAAAUUUAUGUAAAAGAAUAAGAACUUAUGUAUUUUCAUAUGCU